UGUUUAUUAUUUCUGAGUUCCAUGGAUUAUUCAUUAACGACAGGAAGAAACAGCUCAAGCCUCAAGCGGUUUUCAUUGCCCAAAACCAUAGAUAGCUUCGUGAUCUGCAUCAUCAUCACAUUCCCUGUUCUGUUCAGGUUUUGUGUUGUGUCUUUGAGAAGAAGAAGAUAUAGAUAACCUUCUCUUCUUUUCUUCUUACUAUAUUCAACCACAAGUCUCAUUCAUUUCUCUUUUCUUAUAUUCCCAAGAAAUUUCGCAAAUGCCAAAUUUCAAAUGUUAAUUCAUUUGUUGCAUUUUCUCUUUCCCUUUUAGCUUCCUCAUUUUGCAACCUUCAAAGAUUCAAUUUUCCACCAAUGCAUUCUGCAAAAUCGUUAAUUUCCCUCGACCCAGUUGAUGUUUCCCCCUCAAUUUCAUGAAACUCCUCUCACAUUGCUUGGAUUUUCAACUUGCUUCCAUGACCGAGAUCUAGGGUUUCUCACCUUUUUUUCCCUCCACAUUGUUCCUUGUAGAAGGGAAAAUCAACGUUUUCGGGUUCAAUUGAUUUUCUUCCUUCAUGGGUUUCUUCUAAAGCUUCGAACUUCGUCGAUUUCAGCAACUGGGUUGGUAGGUCGAGAUGCUGAAGCAAUUUCUCAGUAAGCUUCCUCGCAAGGGAGCGAAACCUGACUCGGACGAGUCGUGCCGUGGUGACCCGUCACGCUCUAGCACCUCCCGGGACGAUUCGCAUCACGCGGCAGGUAGGAACAACCGGUCACAUGGCGGCGGCGGAGGCGGGUCCUCUGCGAAACGAACCUCGUCUUCUGCGGUUUUCCCGGCGAGUACCGUGUCGGUGAUUGAACCGUUGGUGCCGUUCAAGGAGGUUCACAGCUCGGAGAGGAUGAACCUGUUUGUGAGCAAGUUGAGUCUCUGUUGCGUCACGUUUGAUUUCACCGACCUUGGUAAGAACACGGUGGAGAAAGAUGUGAAGAGGCGAACAUUGGUUGAACUUGUUGAUUUUGUGUCUUCUGUUGGGUCUGGGAAAUUUGUUGAACCUGCUAUCCUUGCUAUGUGUAGAAUGUGUGCUAUUAAUCUCUUUCGUGUUUUCCCGCCGCAUUACCGGGCGAACCGGGGUGGUGAGCAUGAUGAUGAUGAACCGGUGUUCGAUCCUGCUUGGCCUCAUUUGCAGCUUGUGUAUGAAUUGCUGCUUAAAUUUAUUACAUCUUCAUGCCUUGAUGCCAAGGUGGCCAAGAAGUAUUUCGACCAUUUGUUUAUUUCUAGGUUGCUCGAGUUGUUUGAUUCGGAGGAUCCUAGGGAAAGGGAUUGUUUGAAAACAAUUCUGCAUAGGCUUUAUGGGAAGUUCAUGGUGCACAGACCCUACAUUCGAAAAUCUAUGAACUAUGUGUUUUAUAGGUUUGUGUUUGAGACUGAGAAACACAAUGGGAUUGCUGAGUUGUUGGAGAUUUUCGGGAGCGUAAUCAGCGGGUUCGCUUUGCCCUUGAAAGAGGAACACAAGAUCUUCUUGUGGAGAGUUUUGAUCCCCUUGCACAAGCCAAAGUCUUUGGGGGUGUACUUCCAACAAUUGUCAUACUGUGUUAUGCAGUUUAUAGAGAAGGAGCCCAAGUUAGCGAGCAUUGUGAUUAGGGGUUUGUUGAGAUUUUGGCCAAUAACAUAUAGUCAGAAAGAGGUGAUGUUCCUGGGUGAGCUGGAAGAAAUAUUGGAAGCAAUUAACAUGGUAGAGUUUCAGAGGAUCAUGGUCCCAUUGUUUUGGCGGAUUGGAUGCUGCAUUAGCAGUUUGCACUUUCAGGUAGCUGAAAGAGCCCUUUUCUUAUGGAACAACGACCAUAUUGUCAACUUGAUUGCGCACAACCGUCAGGUGAUCCUGCCCAUCAUACUUCCAGCUUUAGAAAGGAAUUCUCAAAACCACUGGAACCCGGCAGUGUUCAACUUAACACACAAUGUCAGAAAGAUGUUCAUGGAGAUGGAUGAGAAGCUGUUCCUGUCUUGUCAUUCUCAGUUUAAGGAGGAAGAAGAAAUGCUAAACUCGGAAGCCGAGAAGCGGAAGGAAGCCUGGAAACAACUAGAGCAUGCAGCCAGUCUCAAGCCUGUAGUUGGAAAUACUGCUGUUUUAGUGUCUCCAAUUUGAUAACCACAAUCAUCAUCUUUUUCCUCUUGUUAUGGUUAGAAACCAUAAACAAGAAACAUGGCUAAUGGCUGUUAUUGAGAGUAGCUUCUCUUUUUGGGGUCCUAUAUGCUUUUGAUGCUUAUGGCAGCCAAAUCUUGUAACUUGUAAGUUGUAAUGUGCAUUUGAUUAAGACUGUAUAAUAGCAACUUGCCUCUUCCUGAUCAUUGUAGGAAGGAACAUGUAGUGGAUCAAACCACUUUCUGUAUAAGAUUAUUAUUUCCAGA